AUGUCCAUCUACUCAGACCCGCCGGCGCUGCGAGACUUUUCGCAGGACAAGCCUUCGCUGCUGGUCUGCUGGUGGGCCACCAUCUUCUGCGCCCUCAUGAUCCUGUUGCGAAUCGUCGGCCGCUUCAUCCGAACCGAAAAGCUCUUUGCCGAAGACAAAUUCGCCGCAGUUGCCUUGAUUCCCUUGUUUCUGCGCAUGGGAUGCGUCCACUUUAUCCUCGUCAAUGGAACUAACAAUGCCGACUUCACCGGAGUCACCCUCACUCCCGAAGAACUCCGAAAGAAAUCCAUAGCCAGCGGCCUGGUGCUUCUCAGCCGUGUUCUCUACGCCGCGACCCUAUGGAUUCUCAAGGGCACAAUACUCGAGUUUCUAAAACGAAUCGCCGAAAGCACCUGGCAGCGAACCCAUCACUACACCCUCAUCGCCAUCCGAUGCUCCCUCGGCCUCACCUUCAUCGCCGUUGUCAUUAGCGAUCUCGCCGAGUGCAACCCCUUUAGACAUUACUGGCAAGUCUUGCCUGACCCGGGUGGUCAGUGUCGCCAAGGCUAUGUCCAGCUCAUCACCAUGGCCGCCUGCAACAUCCUCACCGACCUGAUGCUCGUCAUCUUUCCCAUCCCCAUCAUUGUCCAGAGCAACAUGCAGUUUCGCAGGAAGCUGCAGCUCCUCAUUCUAUUUUCUCUCAGCUUGUCCGUUGUGGCAGUCACCAUCUACAGAGUUCCGCACACCAUGGACGUCAACGGCCGACAACAGUACCGGUCUCUGCUUGCUUCCGUCGAGUUGAUUUUCGCAACUGCAGCCGCAAAUGCCCUCGUUUUGGGCUCCUUUGUCCGAGAUCGAGGUGUCAAGAAGCAGAAGCCCAGACGAACUUCCACCGCUGCCGAGUCGUUUGAACGGAGCGCCACCGUUCGAAGGCCAACUAUCCAUCGGCAGUGGGGCAGCGACGAAGAUUUGGUCAGAGACCUUGGCUUGACCGUCGAGCCCGAACUUCGGGAGCAACAAGAUAGCCCGUCAUCUGAUCUGUACGCGCCAAUUAGACAAAUGCGUUCUGUCGAGCAUGAAUCCGAACAGUGGCAUAAUCAACAGGAGGAGGAACAUGAGCAAGCAGAUAGCGCACAUAGCGCAGAUAGCGCCCCGGAAAGCGCAAAGGCAAGCCAAGACCUGCUGAUAUACAAGACCGAAUCCCGGACCGAAUCCCAGCACGAGUCAAGGAAACUCUCCUUAUUUGAUGUCGGCGGCCUCCUUGAAGAUGGUCCUGGUACGAGCAGCGGGAGCUACCGAAGAGGCAGCAGCUUUACUUCCUCUUCCAUGGAAGCCAGCACCUCCCAAACUGCCCCCCCGGCGUCUAGAAAGGCCAGCGUAAACGGUGUCCGGCGUGGAUCAACUGCGCUGCUACAAGAUCUGGGCGGACUUCUAGGUCCCCUGAACUCAAAGUCGUCAGUGCGGUCAAAACACCGAACCGGAACCGAGCUGCAGCCAAUCCAACAAUCUCACCAAGAGCAUCAUGCCUCCCAAAAUGAAGGCUCUGAUCUUGUUCUCAAUGACCCUGGUGGCCUCUUGCGAUUGUGA